GGGGCGGAAGCGGGGUGUGGACAACGGAAGUGCCCGCCCCGGCCCCGCCUCCGCCCCCUGCCUUGAGUGAGCUGGGUGUUUCCUUCCUCUCAGUCCGGAUUUGGAGACUCCGGCGUCCUCCGACUUUUCAUGGAAGAGAUGUCAGGAGAAAGCGUGCUGAGCUCAGCGGUGCCAGCGGCUGCUACCCGCACCGCUUCCUUCAAGGGCGCCAGCCCCAGCUCCAAGUACGUGAAGUUGAAUGUCGGGGGAGCCCUCUACUACACCACCAUGCAGACGCUCACCAAGCAGGACACCAUGCUGAAGGCCAUGUUCAGUGGGCGCAUGGAAGUUCUCACCGACAGCGAAGGCUGGAUCCUCAUCGACCGCUGUGGGAAGCACUUCGGGACGAUACUCAACUAUCUUCGAGAUGGGGCUGUGCCCUUGCCUGAGAGCCGCCGGGAGAUUGAGGAGCUGCUGGCAGAGGCCAAGUACUACCUGGUGCAGGGCCUGCUAGAGGAGUGCCAGGCGGCCCUACAACAGAACAAAGAUACAUACGAACCCUUCUGCAAAGUUCCUGUCAUCACCUCCUCCAAGGAAGAACAGAGACUUAUAGCAACUUCAAAUAAGCCAGCCGUGAAGCUGCUCUACAACAGAAGUAACAACAAAUACUCCUACACCAGCAAUUCUGACGACAAUAUGCUGAAGAAUAUCGAGCUCUUUGAUAAACUCUCCCUGCGCUUUAACGGGAGGGUCCUAUUCAUAAAGGACGUCAUUGGGGAUGAAAUUUGCUGCUGGUCCUUUUACGGCCAGGGCCGAAAAAUUGCAGAAGUCUGUUGUACAUCCAUCGUCUAUGCCACCGAGAAGAAGCAGACCAAGGUUGAGUUCCCCGAAGCCCGCAUUUACGAGGAAACCCUGAACAUUUUGCUGUAUGAGGCCCAGGACGGCCGAGGACCUGACAACGCGCUCCUGGAAGCCACAGGCGGGGCGGCGGGGCGCUCCCAUCACCUGGACGAGGACGAGGAGCGGGAGCGGAUUGAGAGAGUACGGAGGAUCCACAUCAAGCGCCCAGAUGACCGGGCCCACCUCCACCAGUGAGCAGGCCACAGCUGCCCUCCACCCGCUCUCCGCCCCUGCCCCCCUCAGACCCUGUGCAGGCUUCGGGGUACCUCCCACUUCCCCUGGAGUCUGGAGACACUUUUGUAACAAGCCAGAUGAUUCUUUUGAUAUUUUUGACAAGGUGGAUUGCUUCUGAACAAGCUUGUCUAAGGGCUCUGCCCAGAGCCGGGCUUUCUCUGCUCCUGGGGGAAAAGUGUGAGUGAGUUUGGCGUGUAUGCGAGAGUCUUUGUUGCAGUAUUUAUUGUUAUGGGUGUUGACUACCUAUUGGGUUUCUUAAGUGACACUCCUUCAAGGGCUCAUUUGAUAGUUCUGAGAGGCCGACCAAGAUGCCUGGGAGCAGCCUGGCCCGUGUUUCUGAUACGGUUUUGUUCUUGUCCUCAUUGGUCACUAGUUUCAGCUUGUAGUAGUGGACGGGGGACCUUGUGUGCUGUCCUCUGUGUCCUUCCCGACACACCCCAUCCCAGGUCAUCUGAGCGCUUGCAGCCACUGCUCCAGACUGCUCCCUGCGAGGCCUCCUCUCCUCUCCAGUAGGUGCCUUGCCCUUGGCUAGGAGCUGUGUGGGCCCAGACACGGGCCACUAGCAGCUUUGCAGACUGUCUCAGGGCGUUUCCCGCUCUCUCCUUAGCUCCCUUCAGCCUUUAUUUCUCUGCAGAGUACGGUGGUGUGCAGAUACCUUUGAGUCCUGUUUGUGUUGGAGCAUGUGGGUGACUGUUGUGGGGACGUGUGACUGUGGGGCACAGGUGCUUGAGGGGGACAUGCCAGCUACUUCUGGUCCCUCCCUCCCGCGCCUGUGCAUAUGGGUUGUGGGCGCACUAGUUACAGGUAAGGCGAGUGCUUGAUGAAGGAUUGUUACUUUUUAGACCAAAGGUAUGAAGUGGCUAAUCUCUGAUGUGUUUCUAAAGUUUCUAUUUUGUGACGGUUUUUACAGCUCUCUCUGUGUGUGACAGACAGUCCUAUACCUACCUUUCUCUUGUAUCUGGCAGCAAAGCCAACAAUAAACAAACCAUCCCGACUGGAUCGAGGAACCGUGUACCGGGGAGAUGCUUUUUACACAGUGGCGUGGCAAAACUUUUGUAUUACAAGCCAAGAAAGGGAGCUUACAGAUCAUGUUUUAUGAGUUUUUAUACUGUCUGUUUCAAAUGUCAGCCCUGCCCUGUGGGUUCAGCUUUCCUAGGGAGUAAAAGUGGAUGUUGAAUCCUGGUGUUUUCUGUGGGAAUGUAGAAGCCGCUGUCCACCCACACUGUUUAAAUGUCGGCGUGCAGAAUGAGCUGGUGGCCCAGCUGACUUGCCGUGGCCCCUGCGCCUUACGGUGGCUGUUUUGGCAGCUCUCCCUGCCUUCCUCUUCCCUCAAGCCUGUGCCUGCUGCUUUGCACCUCCACUCCCAGGGAUGGGGCCAGGCCUGGCAAACAUUCCAUGGUGCCCGAAACCGCUGGCAGCUUGUCCACUAACUAGGGCCUGACCCAGUGCCUGUUGUCCCAGAGCUCUGCUUCUAGAUCUCCUGGGCUAGUAUGAAGUGUUUCCAGUUCAGAGGCAUCCAGUGAGUCACUGGUCUGGGGUCUGUAAAGAGUGGAGUUGUAUUGCACACUAAGGGCUCACGAUUAAAAUGAAUUGGAAUAGCUUCUGUCCAUGGUAACCAAAUUCAGUGUUUGUGGUGACUGGGGCCCACACCCCGCAGGUCCUAUGGAAGAAGGGCUGUUUGGUCCCACUUAGGUGCAGGCUCCGUACCUGCUGCUCACUGCUGGUACUCAGCCCUCCCCCAAGGGUGCAUACGGGCCAGAGGGCUCCACCCAAACUCACUGGUCACCUUAGCACAUCCCUAACCUCCUGUCUGCACUGUGCAAUCAAUGUUGGGAGUUUAGACGUGCUCACUGUUGUACAAGUGUCUGUGGACACAUGUGAAAUAAACGUUCAACUGUGCUUCUACUCA